CGCGAUGCGACUUCAACGGUCCUAUCCGAACGCAUUUCACUCUCACGUCGCUUGUCAGCCUCUCUACCCUGUUCUUCUCUGCUCUGCUCCCCUGCUUCUCAAACCACCACCUGUCCUCUGCUCCCGCAUCUCGGAAACGCUACUACCAAGUGCACCAGUCUGGCUGGAGGUGACCAGUUUGACAGACCAAGACGAUCAUAGAUCAAAGCGGGAAGCCAGCCCAAGCCCCCAAGCUCCCAAGGCCCUGAGCGGGCCGGACGCAACAUUCGCACCCUAGCCAGCUGCGUCCUCUGUGCAGCCCUGAUCGAUCGACGAGGCACACGUUUGCGAUGCACAUGGCCUGUUAGUGCAUGCAGACACUCACAUCAGUCCCUCGCUACCCAACCGAAGAAACGAUCACCUUGCGCCCGUUUACCCUCCCCCCUCGAACCCAGUCAUAUCGCUAUCGGUCACAAUGCUCUACGAUCUCAACAUCCUAUGGAAUCCAACCCAGGACCCCACUGUCCUCGAGCAUACCCUUGCCUUCAGUGCUACAUUGGGGUACAACGUCGUCGCUCUGAACCACAGCCUCUCUGGUCCGGUCCCCGCACAAGUCAUCAAUCCACUCCCCAAGUUCCAAGACGACGAAGACGGCCGCCAUGACAACGCAGACCACAGCAGUACCACCCCCACCUCCACAUAUCGGCGGAAGAGGCCAAGAGUUCUUCACCGCGCAACCGUCACCCUCACCGACCCCUCUAAGAACUACCGCCUCGCUGCCGUCGCGGCCGCAUACGAUAUCCUAGCCGUCCGCCCCACAACAGAAAAAGCCUUCUCGGCCGCCUGCCUCUCCCUCCCCGAAGCGUCCAUCAUCUCCCUCGACCUCACCUCCCGCUUUCCCUUCUUCUUCCGUCCCAAGCCGUGCAUGGCGGCGGUAUCGCGCGGCGUCCGCUUCGAGAUAUGCUACUCUCAGGUUCUGCUGGGCUCCUCGCUCGCCGGCUCUGGCUCUGGCUCUGGCUCUGGCUCUGGCUCAGGGUACGGCGGCGCUGCAGCGGCACCUGAUGCGGCCCUCGCCCGCGCCAACUUCAUAUCCAAUCUCUCGGGCCUCGUGCGCGCCACCAGGGGUCGCGGCUUCGUCAUCAGCUCCGAGGCCGUCUCCGCCAUGGGCCUCCGGGCCCCGGCCGACGUGAUCAACCUCAUGGCCGUCUGGGGACUGGCGCCGGACAAGGGGAGCGAGGCGCUGGGGGUGAACCCACGCGCGGUCGUGGUCAACGAGGGGCUCAAGAGGAGUUCUUACAAGGGUGUGGUGAACAUUGUGGAGGUGGGUGGUCGGGAGGGCGAUGUGCUCCACGGCAAGCAGAACCAAAACCAUCCAAAUCGGAAACAAAAUCGGAAACAGCAGCAGGGAGAUGAACGGAUGGCGGGGGUGAAGGGCGCUCAAAAGCGCAAAAAUGAGGAUGUGAACAGUAGCCCUUUGGUGCAACAGCAAGAACAGCAACAACAAGAACAACAACAACAGAAGUUAAGUAAGCCGCAGACCAAGAAGUUGCGUUUAGCGCCAAAGGCGGACGCCGAGACAUGAUGUGAGGGUGUGAAAAGGGUCUUCGCUCUCACAUCGUGCAAAGUCGGCUAGAGUGGGAUUCGAUUUGAUCAUGAUACCCGCGUCACAUAGAACAAUGAUUUUCUUUCCUUCGCUAGUUGGUAUGAAGGGCUGAAGAAUAAAAAAAGAGAGAAUAAAAGGCUCGGAAGUAUUCCUCGCGGGAUAUAUGUACUGGAUUGGUUGGGCCCGGGGUGAGAUUGCCACAUCGUCCUACCCCCCUAUCGAUGCCACCAUGGUAUUCAAGAAGAAAAGCUUAUAAAGAACAAAACAAGUUGCAGAAGCAGAAGGCCC